AUGGGGGUUGGACGGUUCUUCUGGCCCUGCCUAGGGAUCCUCGUGGUGACGUCAUCGUAUGUGAUAGCGUGUGAAGACAAGGAGCUAUGUCUGUUGGAAGCAUUGAAGGAAAUGAAAGAAUGCAAGAAGUCGGUGUUAUCUUCGUUGCUGAAACCUCUAUUGAAGACUAAGAUUCUUGAAAAAGAAAAAGAGAUAGAAUGCGACAAGCUCUCGUUACUAGAGUCACCAGCAUCUACAAUAGUCUUGAUGCCAGCCGGAGCGCCCAAGCCGCCGCCUCUGCCGCCUCCAUUUGUGCUGCCAGCACCUCCUCCCCAGUACUUAUUACCUCCUCCUCCCCCUGUAUAUCUACCAGCCCCUCUCCCUCUACCCCCUCCACCAGUGUACUUACCCUCGCCGGCGCCGCAACCAGUACUAUUACCACCACCACCUCCCCCUCCUCCUGUAUACCUGCCCGCCCCUCCUCAACCCAUCUUACUACCGCCGCCGCCUCCCCCUUCGCCAGUAAUCUUACCAGCACCCCAGCCCUGUGCAGCUCCACAACCAGCCCCAGUUCUCCUACCACCCCCACCGCCACCUGUAGUCCUACCAGCCCCACCCCCACCCGCACCAGUGUAUCUACCACCACAGGCCCCAGCCCCAGUCUAUCUCCCACCACCAGCGCCAGCCCCAGUUUAUCUUCCAGCUCCCCAACCUGCGCCCGUAGUGCUGCCUGCUCCUCCUCAAUACCUGCCACCCGUAGCCCCUCCAGUAGUACCACCAGCAUCUCCUAUCGUAAUAUCUCUGGUUCCCCCUGAAUGUGAGUCGCCUGCUUACGGGCUUCCUCCUCCUCCGCCUGUUUACUACCCACCUCCACCCCCAGCCGUACCAAUGAGCGCGUAUAUGGUACCACCCAUGGUCCCAUGCAAUAUAGAAGCCAAACCAGCAUGUGAGUCCAAAUGCGAGAAGAAGUUCGGGAAGUUCGACAAAUUCGACAAGUUCGACAAAUUCGAGAAGUUUGAGAAGUCCAAACCAUCUUGUGGCUGCAGCAAGUGUUCACAGCCACCGUCUUAUCCCUAUUAUUAUUAA